CCCCCUGUGCUUCCAGCAAAUACCCUCAUUGGUGGGGAUGUUCUUUCACCCAAGCCUGACAGUGAUAUCAGAGAGACCUGGAGCUCCUGGUGCUGCCUCCAAGACGCCGCUAGAAAGGAUAAAUGAUCAUACUACCUAUGCAUAACUGGAUUCCAGUCAACCAUGAGGAUUAUCUCCUGUCAGUCGACUCUUGUGGCUGUAGUUGUGCUUACACUCACCGUGGCAUCCUGCGCUGAAGCCAAGACUACACAGAAACCAAAAUACCUGUACACCAAGAAGCCCGUCCCUCACAUCACUGUGCACAGCCCCGUCACCACCAGCGUGCCCAAGACUCUGAAGGUAGUGGUGACGCCUAAUCCUGCGCAGCCGCAGCCGCAUCCUCUGCCCACUGCAAGGAAGACCACAAACCCAGGUCAUGUCAUUCCUCAGCACUAUAGUGAGAAUACAGAGCCCCCCGGUGCCGGCCCUGAGAACUACACUCUGGAUUAUAACGAAUGUUACUUCAAUUUCUGUGAGUGCUGUCCACCUGAGAUGGGACCCAGGGGCCCAAAGGGAGACAGAGGCUUGGCAGGGCCACCGGGUGAUAGAGGCCCCGAAGGAGCAGCUGGUUUACCGGGACCACCUGGUGUGAGUGGUCCUAUGGGGUUAAAAGGAGAUAAAGGAGAUAAAGGUGACAGAGGGAACAGUGGGACAAAUGGGACACCAGGAAUUCCAGGGAAACCAGGACAAAAAGGUGACAUUGGCAAUAAAGGUGAAAAGGGUGAAAUAGGGUCGCAAGGUUUCAAAGGUGAAAGUGGGGAGAAAGGAGAACCUGGCCUGAAUGGGGCUGCUGGUGAGAAAGGAGAACCAGGAAAGGAGGGACCAGCUGGACCGCCAGGACUGGCACUUGCACAAGGUCCUAAGGGAGAAAAGGGGGAUAAAGGGGAGUGUGGCAUAUUUGGGGAGAGAGGGCCGAAAGGUGAGCAAGGGGAACCUGGGGCUCCUGGUAUCCCAGGAGCGAUGGGAAUUCCUGGAAUUAAUGGUAAGCACGGUGCCCCGGGCCCUGUGGGUCUUCGAGGGGAUCAAGGACCCCCUGGACCACAAGGAGAACCUGGGGUAAGAGGGUCUGAAGGAUCACAGGGAGUGAGGGGGAUGCCUGGGCCAAAAGGGGAUAGAGGUUACCCUGGGAUGAGAGGUGACCGGGGCUUCCGUGGAAUGAAAGGAGCUAAGGGAUCAGGGAUACCACAGAAACGCUCUGCCUUCAGUGUAGGUAUCUCUCCAAGAAAGUCCUUCCCUCCCUCUGGCUUCCCGAUCCGCUUCGACAAAAUCUUCUACAACGAAGAGAACCAUUACAACGUCACCUCCAACAGCUUUACAUGCGUCCACCCCGGGGUUUACGUCUUCUCCUUCCAAAUCACGGUGCGUAAUCAGCCACUUCGGGCCACACUGGUAGUGAACGGAUCACGGCGCGUGAGGACACGGGACUCUCUGUACGGUCAAGACAUCGACCAGGCAUCCACUCUGGUGGUGCUACGCCUGGCGGUGGGUGAUCAAGUGUGGAUGGAGACGGCCAGGGACUGGAAUGGGGUGUAUGCCAGCAGUGAGGAUGACAGUAUCUUCUCUGGGUUUCUGCUUUACUCGGACAAGGUCUGAUGUUAUCUGAACUGACGAUUUCUUAUUCUAUUGGACUCUUUCAGCUUUACCACAUCAAAGAAAGGGGCCAAACACCAGUGGUGCUACACUUACAGCAUGAGCUGCUCAAAAGCUUCCCUGUACAUUUUGUAUUAUCACUUAACCUAACCUCUUGUUUUUUUGUUUUGUUUUUAUUUUCUGUCUGAAUAAAAACAAAGAAUCCCGCACUCUGGUGUUACUGUGGGAUAUAAUUUUUUGCCAAUGUUUUGCCUCCUUCAAGUAGACCAGGUCAACUGUCCAAUCCAUAAAAAGUAGGUUGAAACAUCUUGACGAACACACACGGUGUCACCUACAUAUUUCUGAAGGUAUUAAAACAAAAUCCGGACAUAAGGAAAAAAAGAGAAAGAGAAUUUAGCUAAAUAUAAUAAUAACCGCACAGUAACUGGACAGUUCAUUAGGUAUACAACUGAAUAAAAUAACAGUCCUGCACUAAAUCUUCAUGAAGGUAUUCAGUAUUAGUUUGAAAGCUGUUCAUUCAACUGUGCUUUCAUUUUGAAGGCUGCAGUUUGUAGAACUAUUUAAUCAUAUCGUUUUCCUAUUAUUUUGACAAACCCAUUUUUGUUGCUGGGCUGAGAUUAGGCUUAGGGUUAAUGUUCAAGUAAAUAAAGUCAUGAACAUGGAUUUAGUGCAGGACUCUGCAUUAUAAUGGAUUCAUUUUUCAAAUAGUGUACCUGAUGUCAAGCAUUAUUAAUACCAACAGUAAGCGAAACAGUGCGCAGGAGUUCGGUCAUGUUGUCACAAUAUUCUUCACCUUUUAAAACAGUGACUCCAAAGGGUAUUUGUUGAUACUUUUGGGUCUUCCCUAAGUCAGUGACCCAACACGACCCUGACUUUAUUUGCUCAAAAACACCUUCCUCUUUCAUGUAUGCUGCUUUUUAUUUUUCUUUCUCAUACUUGCACCACUGUUACCUUUGUAGUUGCAUUAUCACGUAUUAGGACCUAUGGGCUAUCUGUAUCUAAAUACAACGAAUGAGACGUAGAAAUGAUGUGUGUUAUUAUAAAGAGAGAGUCUCUGUGAUCUAUAGCUGUAUUGUUUACCUAAUUGUAAAUCUGUCAAGAAUCGGGAAAGAAAUGGCGAAGAUGCAUAUACAUACAUUGUUUUUAUUAUAUCUUUGUUACUACUGUAAACUGUCAGUAUUGCUGUACAAUAGAGAAUAGUAAAAAGGAACAAUAAAGUCCAACAACAGUGCGAA